CACUUUGAGACCGUUUCCACGGCGCCCAAGCUGCAUCCUGUAUCCUUUUCGUGUUUUGCUCUAUACCAAGGUAUCUGUCCGACACGUUUAGAUCCCUUCUUUGACACCUUCGUAUUCUACUUACGCCUAGACCAUCAUUUCCUUGCAAGCGCUCAACCCCUCUCAGCCUUGUUACAUUUCCAAGUCCGACCAGCAGAGACAUCCCCCGUGCCCUGCAACACCGCGUCCAUGGCAGUUCAAUGACCUUGAGCCUUGGUCCUCGUCCUACAUUCCCCCUUUACCCUCUAGCCUGCACGGACAGCAAACCUCCUCACCAUGGACGCCGUCUCUCCCCAGGUAUGGGCAGUCGCCCAUACACUUGUUUCUCGACAAGACGACACCAAUUCCACCACAUCGACAACAUCCUCUGAAAAUGAUCGGCCGCCUGUCUUCAAGGCUGUCGGCCUCUCUCUCGCCGUCGCAUCGGGAAUCUUCAUCGGUAUCUCCUUUGUCAUGAAGAAGGUUGGCUUGUUGAAGGCCAAUGCCAAAUACAACGAAGAGGCUGGUGAGGGAUAUGGGUACCUGAAAAAUGCCUACUGGUGGGGAGGCAUGACCUUGAUGAUCGUUGGCGAGAUCUGCAAUUUUGUUGCUUAUGCUUUUGUCGAUGCCAUCCUGGUCACCCCUCUGGGCGCCCUCAGUGUCGUUGUGACCACUAUACUAUCUGCCAUCUUCUUGAAGGAACGGCUGAGCUUUGUGGGCAAAGCUGGCUGCUUCAAUUGCAUUGUUGGCAGUGUCGUCAUUGUUCUCAACGCCCCGGAGCAGAGCGCAGUGGCCGAUAUCCAGCAGAUGAAGAAUUAUGUCAUAUCACCGGGCUUUUUGAGUUAUGCUGGCGUCGUCAUCGUCGCUUGCCUCUUUGUUGCCUUCUGGGUCGCUCCCAGGUAUGGAAAGAAAAGCAUGCUCGUGUAUUUGAGCAUCUGCAGUUUCAUUGGCGGUCUCAGCGUCGUCGCCACUCAGGGGUUGGGUAGCGCCGUCGUCGCUCAGAUUGGCGGCAAGCCUCAGUUCAAUCAGUGGUUUCUCUACGUCCUCUUGGUCUUUGUCAUCGCCACGCUCCUGACCGAAAUCAUUUACCUCAACAAGGCCUUGAACAUCUUCAAUGCCGCGCUCGUCACCCCAACUUACUAUGUAGUCUUCACCAGCGCAACCAUCAUCACAUCAGCCAUUCUGUUUCGGGGUUUCAAGGGAACUCCGGUCAGCAUAACCACUGUCAUCAUGGGCUUCCUCCAAAUUUGCACGGGAGUCGUGCUGCUACAAAUGUCCAAGUCAGCCAAAGAUGUGCCCGAUGCUGCUGUCUUCAAGGGCGACCUCGACCAAGUCAGAGAAAUCGGAGAGGUAGAGCAGCCAGAAACAGAACCAAAAGCCGACGCGAUUCGCGGUACCGCUGCUUUGAUUCGAAGAAUCUCGGUGUCGCGGCAAAAGAUGGAGCAAGAAGAAGCCAGGAGAUUGAGAGAGGACACGCUCAAGGAUCAACUCGAGCCUGUGCGUGAGAACGAGAUUGUGGAAUGGGAUGGCCUUCGACGUAGAAAGACUAUCAUUGGUCAGCCAGGAUCUCCACUCCCACGGAGACCAACCGUUCAUUACCCAUUGGGAAUGUCACAUUAUCCAGAUCCAGAAGAUGAGGAACGACAUCCCAGCCCUGGAUUCUUCCAGUCCCUCCGCGGCCGCUCUCAGACUGCCCGACAUGCAUCUCCUGGUAAUGACGCCGCUUAUGACAGCGCAUUGCAGAGUCCUGUUCACCCAGUGGCUCUGGAUGAGAUCAAGAUCCAUCCUGCCAAUUCCCCAUCUCCCGUCUCGCCGUCUGGUCCUGGCAGCCGUGAGCUCGCCCAAGAACGCAUCUAUGGGCUUGCUCGAGGCGAAAGACGACCCCCAGAUGACAAAUCCGCCUUCUUUUCAGCACAACCAUCACCAAGAUCGAAACCACUUGCCCCCAAACUGGAAUCUUCACCCAACCUCCCAGCCAGCCACGAGGCACGGCGACAAUUUUCUUUUACGAACUUCCUUCGGCCGGGUUCACGGACUCCGGAUGUACUCUCAUCACAAGAGCGGCCACAGCUCCGCAGUCGAGGGUCAAGCGCCACACAUGAUAGGAGAGCGACAAGGAAUGCGACAGAAGAAGAAAGACUAGGUCUGGUUAAGGGUGAUUCUCACCUUGGUUCGUUUGAUGAAUCCCAUCACCGUGCUGAGCCUUAUUGCCCAUCCACUUCCCCUCCCCCUUAUGCUUCAAUCCCACAAACCUAUCGUGACUCUCUAAAUCCUCGUGGUUAUCCCAACCACGUGGUUCCCCGUGCCCGGUCAGAUUCUGAUGAGGCUGACGGAUGGCAGAUGACGAGUCGCACGACCGAGACGAUGCCCAUGCCCACGACGAUAAUGGCAAACCCAGGAGCCAAUAUUACGAAUAUAGGCACCAGGUCGAGGCCAGCUCCACCGGGGACAUCCCCGGCUACCUGGCGAGACCUGAUACCCGCCUCAACACGGGAGGAGCCAGCGAGCGGAGUGCGGACGGUGGUGGAAGGAGGACCGGGACCAAUCAAAGCCACACCAGUAGCAUCGGACCAUUCCCGGAUUUCGUCGACGAGCCGCUAUCGCCAGACGAACCAGGGACACAGACACGACCAGUUCUCCCGGCCGAACGAUGGCGAGGGUCACCGCAUCACAGUUUUCGAGGAGCAACCCCGGACCGAUCGCAGUCAUAGAACCAGUGCACAUGAACCCAUCAUGGCGGAAGGUCCCUCAGAAUACGAUGUGAGCCGCAGAAGGUUCGAGGAGCAAAGUCAAAGAGAACGAGAAGAGAGGAGACUGCGCGCAACAGGGAGGAGACAGAGUUGGAAGCCUUCUAGUCCGUGAAUGGAGAAGGAAUGUAUAUAUAAUAAGCGUUGUGAUUGGAAAUGAUGACAUGAAUACGAACACGAACAUUACCUAGGUAGUCUGGUAGUCUGUGAAUGAGACAUGACGAGCCAAGAGAAGAAAGUAUAUGUAUUAGAAG